AUGCCUCUUUUGACCCUGGGCUUUUUCUGUCUUCAGCUUGACAGAGGAAACAUCGCCAACGCUCUUACUGACAACUUUUUUGAAGACGUCGGCAUAACCCAAAACCAGUUCAACGUUGGUCAACAAAUGCUGUCCCUCGGCAUCGUGCUGUUCGAAAUACCUUCCAACAUGAUCCUCUAUCGAGUAGGCCCUGGCAAGUGGCUUACUCUUCAGCUCUUCCUCUUCGGUACCGUCAGCACCUUCCAGGCUUUUCAGAAUAACUACGCUUCCUUCGUCGUGACGCGCUUCUUGUUGGGGUGUACGGAGUCGGGUUUUAUCCCCGGAGGUUUAUGGACAUUGUCCACUUGGUAUACUCGAAAGGAAACGGCCAAGAGAGUCAUGUUCUUUUACUUUGGUAAUCAAUUUGGACAGGCUAGUUCGAAAUUAUUGGCUUAUGGUAUUCUUCAUAUGCGAGGAGUAGGUGGAAAAAGCGGUUGGUUCUGGCUCUUUGCAUUGAUGGGUGGCUUUACUGUUCUCUGCGGAGCUGUACUCGGUUGCCUUUUGCCCGACUCGUUCAAGAACCCCACAAGCGCCUUUUUGCCAAACAUCAACAUCUUCAACGAAAGAGAGCUUCACAUUCUACAGACAAGAGUUCUACUUGACGAUCCCAUGAAGGGAAAGAAGAAAAAGAAGAUUGGUCUUCCUGCUUUCAAGAAAGCCUUUUCCAAUUGGCGUCUUUGGGUUCACGCCGUCAUCACACUAUCCAACAACGCUCCCCAACGUGGAUUCGACACAUAUUCUCCCUCGAUUGUUAAGAGCUUUGGUUUCAAAGGCCUUACUAGCAACGCUCUCGCCUCUGUUGGUCUCUUUCUUCAGAUUCCUGUCUCCUGGUGCUUCAGUUAUGUCUCGGAUAGAUUGCGAGUUUUCCCUCCCUGGACGAUGGAAGCUGUUGCUAAUAUGACUUUUAGUAAUAUGAGGCCUGAGACGGUCAUGGCUGGGUUGAGUUUACAUCUUCUCGGUUACGUCUUCAACCGUAUCUUCACAGAACUCUCAUUGAGAGGCGUCAGUUAUUUCGGUGUCGUAUGGACUCAGACCUUUGGCACUUUCUCACAUCCUCUUAACAUUGCUUGGAUGUCAUUGGCCUGUGAUGAUUCUGAAGAACGAGCCCUUGCUAUGGCCAUGGUCAUCAUGUUUGCCAACAUCGCAGGAAUUGCAGGCGCUCAAAUCUUCCGAUCGGACGACGCACCAAAGUAUCGCCGUGGCUUCAGUAUCAACAUUGCUAUUCUUGCCGUUGGUCUUGCUCUCGCCGCCGUUCGCUUUGUCGAUGAUAAGUUUUGGCGACGCGAAAAGGUUGCCGAGAUUCAGCAGCAGCUUGCUCAGGAGAACGAGAGCACUGGUGAUGAAAAGAGUGGUGGGCAAAGAGAGACUACUCCUACUCUCGGGAUUGAGAAAGCUUCCCCAGCCGCAUUGAAUUCCCUUGCAAAGCCAACAUAG